CUAUUUGUUCUGUGAUAAACAAAACCAAGAAUGUAGGUGUAUAGAAUAAAGUAAAAGAAUAAAUGAACAAGAAAAGCAAAAGAUUUUGAUUCAUUUCAUUCUGUUCCUAUAAAUUAAGUCUGGUGUUUAGAAGCUUCAAUGUCAAAUACAAUGAGAAAGAAUAUGUUUAUAUUGGUGGUCUUUUAUCUGUUAAACUUAUGGGAUUUACAACAAGUACUAGCAAUAGUAGCAGGAGAAGCCAAUGUGUCUUAUGACAGUAGAGCUAUUCUCAUCAAUGGCAAAAGGAAAAUACUUAUCUCUGGCUCCAUUCAUUACCCAAGAAGCACUCCUCAGAUGUGGCCUGAGCUUCUACAGAAGGCCAAAAAUGGAGGGUUGGAUGUUAUACAAACCUAUGUCUUUUGGAAUGGACACGAGCCUUCUCCUGGACAAUAUUAUUUUGAGGGAAGGUAUGAUCUAGUUGGGUUCAUAAAGUUAGUGGCAAAAGCAGGUCUUUAUGUUCAUCUUCGCAUUGGACCAUAUGUAUGUGCCGAAUGGAAUUUCGGGGGCUUUCCAAUUUGGCUAAAAUAUGUUCCAGAUAUGGUGUUUAGAACAGACAAUGAGCCUUUUAAGGCUGCGAUGAAGAGGUUCACAGAAAAAAUAGUCCAUUUGAUGAAAGAAGAAAACCUCUUCUAUCCUCAAGGAGGUCCCAUAAUUUUGACACAAAUAGAAAAUGAGUACGAAUUGAUAGAAUUUGAAGCUGGUAAAGCUUAUGCAAAGUGGUCAGCUCAGAUGGCUGCAAAUCUUGGAACCAAUGUUCCAUGGGUUAUGUGCAAGCAAGGGGAUGCCCCAGAUCCAAUAAUAAAUACUUGCAAUGGAUUCUAUUGUGAAAACUUUUCACCUAACCAAAAUUAUAAACCCAAAAUGUGGACAGAAGCUUGGACUGGCUGGCUAUUGCAUUUUGGUGGUCCAACCCCUUAUAGGCCAGUAGAAGACUUGGCAUUUGCAGUGACAAGGUUCAUACAGAACAAUGGUGCAUACAUAAAUUAUUACAUGUUUCAUGGAGGAACCAAUUUUGGAAGGACAGCUGGUGGACCAUUCAUUUCCACUAGCUAUGACUACGAUGCUUUAAUUGAUGAAUAUGGACUAACAAGGGAACCAAAGUAUAGCCAUUUGACAGCUUUGCAUAAGGCCAUAAGGCUAUGUGAACCAGCUUUGGUGUCUGCAAAUCCCAUCAGAAUGUCACUUGGCAAAAACCAAGAGGCUCAUGUUUUUGAUACUCAAUCCGGGACUUGUGCUGCAUUCCUAUCAAACUACGACCCCAACUAUUUUGUGAAUGUGACCUUUAGGAAUAGGCAAUAUGGCCUUCUUCCUUGGUCCAUCACCAUUCUUCCUGACUGUCAAGAACCAAGUUUCAACACUGCAAUGGUUGUUGCACCAAAAUUCACUGUAAAGAUGGAACCUGCAAAGAAAUUCUCUUGGCAUUCAUAUACUGAAAAAGUUCCCUCUACAAAUGACAAAAGUUCAUUUAUAUCAACUCGAUUACUUGAGCAACUAAAUGUCACUAAAGAUGCCUCAGAUUAUUUGUGGUACACAACCGAGGUCAAUAUAAGAGCAGAUGAUGCCUUGUUAAAGAAUGGAAAUCUUCCUGUACUACUCCAUGUUUUGUCAGCUGGCCAUGCUUUGCAAGUUUUUAUCAAUGGUCAAUUAUCUGGUACUGCUUAUGGAGGUUUUGAAAAUCCAAAGUUGAGUUUCAUUGGCCAAGUGAAGCUCAUAGCUGGUAUUAACAAAAUCUCCUUGUUAAGCAUUACUGUUGGUCUCCCGAAUGUGGGCCUGCAUUUUGAGACAUGGGAUGCUGGUAUUCUUGGGCCAGUGAAGUUGGAUUUACUAAAUGGGAGACUAUGGAAUGAUCUGUCACAAUGGAAAUGGUCUUAUAAGAUUGGUGUAGAAGGGGAAACUUUAAGGCUCUACUCAUUCAAAGGAAGCUCCUCAGUCAAAUGGGCUCAAGGAUCAUCUGUACCUAGAAAGAAAUCCUUAACAUGGUACAAGACAACAUUUGAUUCACCAGAAGGCAGAGAUCCACUAGCAUUGGAUAUGAGUAGCAUGGGAAAAGGUCAGAUAUGGAUAAAUGGACAAAGUAUUGGACGAUAUUGGGCUACAUAUAAUGCAACUGGUAGCUGUAAUAACAAGUGUAGAUACAGUGGAACCUAUCAUGAAAAAAAAUGUUUGGUUGGUUGUGGAGAGGCCUCUCAAAAAUGGUAUCAUGUUCCGCGAUCUUGGCUGCACCCAAAGGGUAACUUAUUGGUGGUGUUUGAAGAACAAGGUGGUGAUCCAAGUGGGAUUUCUUUGAUGAGAAGGAUAAUACAAAAAAACAUGUGAAGAGUAGCACACAUAUUUUGACCACACACAGAACAUUGAUCAUACCUAAAGUUUCUUUCUUUCUUUCUUUUUUGAAAGUUGAUAGAGACAUAGGAUAGGAGUGACAUGUUUUUAAGUUGAUAUGUAGAAGUAAUAAUAAGAACAAAUUGAUUAAAAGGUAGAAUUAAAUAUGUCCGCCAUUAUAAUUAAUUUACAGACACAAUCAUUCUCGAAUUAAAUUAUAUGAAUGUUGCUUU